AUGGGCCCCUCCAAUGGGGUCGCAAAACGUGCAAUCGAUUCUCAACCCGGUAGUUUGGGUGCCGAGACCCUUGGGCUGGUCGUCGUGGUACGCGCGUCGAGUGUCGGCUGGGGGAUGCGAGGUGCUGCGCAAGAGACAAGUCGGGAGGCGGGUGAAGAAGGAUGGAAGGGUGGAAGGAUGGAAAGGACGGAGAAAGAGAGACGAAAUGAAAAGCACAGAGAAGUAAAGCAAAGCGCUGCGUCCGGCAUCGGCACCGGCAUCGGCUGCCGCCCCACGCGGUUUACUUGCAGUGUCCGGCCAGGUUUCUUCUGGGGAAUCCCUGCUCAUGGAACGCUGGGAGUUGUCGACGACGGGGGCCAGCUGCGUGCAAUCCAAUUCCGCUUCCGUCUGGGCAGAAGGCGACAAAACACCCCGCCUGCUCGACGGGGCUGCAGCAUGCCAGUUGACAUGCAGGAUGCCAGGGCCGCAUGUCGGCAUUGGCCAGUUCAGCAGCUCAGUUGGGGGUCUCGAACCCUUGGCCAACGGCGGACAGCAGCAACAACACGUCGAGCCACACCACGGUUCUGCGCAGCCGUGCGGCAACACCGACCAACCACGUUGCCACUUGGCGCUGGUGGGGGCCACCUUGGCUGGCAGCCAGCUGGUGGCCACCCGGCGUCGGCGCCAAGGGCUCCACUUGCCGCCCAUCACGGGGGGUGUCGUCGGAAAAGAGACACGUAG